AUAGUGUCUUCCCGGUUUGCUGUGAUCCGCGAUUACGAUUGCACGUUUUAUAACCUCAAAGUUUUACCACUGCGGCCAUAUGCAAUUAGAAAUAUUUAGUGAUCCCUUGGAAUAUGAAUAAAACUCAUGAACCUCCAAAUUGGAUGAUUAAUUGAGAUUCUUUGAAAUGCAAAAGAUACAGUUGGUGUGAGCAAAAGUUGUGUCAUUGUUGAAUCAAGGUGCCAAAGUAUUACGAAAAAUUCCAUGUUCGUUCGCGAUCUCGAAAUGGUUGAAUGAUAAGAAAUAAUAAAAGUAAAACAGUGACUACGCAACAUAAAAUAUGUUCAGCAGUGUUCAAUUAUCUUUACGGUUAUUAAAUCGUACGAAAAUUCCGAGAUUACAAAAACUACAGAGCCUAAUCAGGAAAGAAAAUGCUACAGGUUGGGCGCAUCGACAACCUAUUGCAGUCAUAAAUGAAAAAAUGACUUUUGAUAAUGACGAAGAAUCGUCGAAGCCAACAAGGAAGCUAAAACCGAGAAAAUAUAUAGGCGAAAACCUUGAGCAUAAGCCUUUGAAAGAAAAGACAAAUCAUAAGAGGCCUGUAAUAGCCACAUCCGCUUCAAUUGAAAGCGACGAAACUUAUAAUGAAGAUGGAACUCCAAGGCUACACAAAUUCACCCAAGAUGAGAAAAAACUUAACGCUCUGAUACUGGAACUUAGAUCGAGGAAAAAGCGUGAAAAAAACAAACAAAUACUUCUGGAGGGUUGGCGCCUCAUCCAGGAUGCUAUCCAAGCGGGUCUAGUCCCACAAAUAAUUAUGUACAGUAGACCGAGUGAUAUUGCUAGAUUGACGCUACCAAAAAAAGGAGUCAAAAUUUACAGAGUUCCAUAUAAUACCCUCCAAAUGUGGUCCAGCCUCACCACGUCACCAGGAAUCUUUGGUGUUUUUCAAUCUCCCAGCACGCUUGAAAAAGAGCCCAAUGCAGAUACAUUGCCAUUGACGAUAAUAUGUGACAAUGUGAGAGAACCAGGCAACAUGGGUGCGAUUUUACGUGCAGCUGCUGGUGUUGGCUGCGAAAAGAUCAUUUUAAUAAAAGGCUGCGUGGACGUUUGGGAUACGAAAGUAUUAAGAAGCGCGGUGGGGGCUCAUUUUCGACUAUCGAUUUCGAAAUCUGUCGAUUGGGAUGAAAUUGAUUCGCUGAUAAGCUCUACUGCUAAAAUAUACAUUGCCGAUAGCGACGGCGGGAUGAAAUCGGUGGUCACAUCUGACGACUCGAAGACGGAAAAAAAAUGUGAUUCCAAUGAUGGAAAUGCUCAAGAAUUCAUAAAACCUGAAUCCAAUGAAGAUCUUGGUGCAAGCGACCAAAGUUCGGCCGAUCGAGUAGACUGUGUUGCGGAUAAGAGUUUGGAAGUCGAUUCCAGCGACGAAAAAGUCGAAAAAUCCAUGAAAUCUGAAGCUGAGUUAGGUUCUAAUGCGAGUGAGCAAAAUUCAGCGGACGAAGUGCGAUGCACUUCGGAGGAAAAUUUAACGAAUUCCUACAAAUCCGAUACCGAGGAAUAUUCGUAUGACAAAAGUUUCGAAAAAUGCAUUUCAAGCGCUGAGGACGUGAUGCAAACUUCUCCCAGCUUACAAACGAUCAUUGCCAAACAAAUAUUGAUGAGUAUUCCUGUAAAACCGUAUUACGCGCCGGAUUAUGCGUCGAACGAAGUGAUUCUGAUCGUUGGUGGUGAGACCGAAGGUUUGAGUUACGAAUCCGUAGAACUAGCACAGAAGCGUGAAGGCGUUCGCGUUCAUAUACCGUUGACGAAUAACGUCGAGAGCCUCAACACCGGCGUGGCCCUUGGUAUAGUUGCUUUUGAAGUUAAAAGGCAAUUCGCCGUGCGCAAACAGUCGUUUGAAUGAUUUAUCCUUAAUCCAGUUUCUUACAUCAUAAUUGUAAGACAAAUUCAUCACUAAAUAUUAAAUAUGUUUGUUAACUGUUGUAAAUACAAACACCAAUUUUCAUUGUCAAAUAUCAUUUCUAUCGAAUUCGCUGAUACUGAAACGACCAGUUCUUCGUCAAGCAAACUAUUCAUUUCAUCGGCUUACUCCAGUGAUCCUGGUUCGCCAAUUAUUUUUUUCAAGUUUUUAUGGAAAAAUCUCAAAUCGAAUUCAGACUUUUUUCUAGGUGCCAGAGACAAAAAUCAACCUGACAAUACGAUAGUUAGUAGCUUAAACGACAGUUUUUUAUUAUUCACUGUAGAAUUGAACUGAAAAAACUGAAUUUCAGAAACUUUAAUAGAAUCCCAAUUGUUUUCAUGGCUCCAGUCAAUUACAGUGAAGUUUCGCUCUUCGAACGAUCAUUUUUUGUCGAAAUUUCGUUUCGAGGUUUGCUUGAAUGUUAGUUACAAUCUGCGCUUUGUCUCGCUGAAUUCGUUUGUCCUUGAAAAUCGUUUCCAUGUGCACGAGUUUGUAGUGAAGUAAAUCGGUAACUGACGCUAAAAAAAGAAAACUCCAUCACGCGUGAAAAUGCCUCAACUCGCUGAAGUAUGGAAUGCGAAAAUUCGAAAGAACCAAGUAAACACAAAAAUUGUGUCUUAUGAAACAAGAAAUUGUGACAUCGCAAAAGCUGUUGCAUCAAUGACAGUUGUGAUGUAUUUUAUCGUAUUUUUCGUUCUCGUUGCAUCAAUUCUGAAACCCAAUGAUCGAUUCCUUCGGUAAAAAAAAUUUUUGUAUCCGAUACGACGUUCUUAUUAUGCAUAAUUUUCUUCGUUGUUUGACAAUGAAAAGAGAACGUCGCGCGACAGUCUCACCUAGUGAAAACUCGAUGAAUCUAUAGAAUUUUUAGAAAUCCCGAAAAAACAGAAGAGUUUUGUACUAAAAAAUUCUUUGUCCCAACGUCGAUGAAACGUCUAAAAAAUUGUUCAUCCUUCGAUCGUGCAAUAACUUGGCAAACCAUGCUACGAGAAUAACGCUGAUGUGUGUGUAUGUCGAUGUUGAAUAAAGAAUUGAGCGAAGUAAUGGAGCGAUUGCUAUCGGAAAUGGAGAAUUAGCAUAAACAGUGAAAUGCCCAAAGGUAAUCGUAUUAGUAGGAGCAACGCCAUUCGUUUCCCCAAGGGCGCUAACUGCGUUCCGAGCACUGAAUUAUUCGAAUUUAGAUAAUCGAAAUGCUCUUUCGGUCUCUGCUAACAGUUUAGUAUGCACGCUGCGUAUUCACGCAUUUUGGAACGCAAUCAAGCUAACAACGGUUCCCCAAGUCUACAAAAAUGGAGGAGAAAUAAUAUCGGUCGGGAAGCUGAGUUGAUUGCCAAAUUCGAGCACCUUGGAAUUUUUUUUAUUGAACCUUUUUGUUUUUUAAAUUCAAAGCUUGAUCGGAAGAUCCGACAAUACUUGCGACUACGAAAGAAAAAAAAAUUAACGAUUCAAUUUUUCAAUCGAUAUAUUGAGGGUUAUUUGAACUUACAUUCUGGUUUCCGAGCACUAGUACACACUACGAAUAAUAAAAUGAGAAACACACUGAAUUCCCGUCUGUUAACGUCGAUUAACCUUCAAUGGGAGAAACAAUAAAACGGCUUUGUUGACA